CAUUGAAGUACAUGGCUUUGAGAAAAAUAACGAUUUUAGUCUACUCAUUUUAGAUUCUCAUUUGUUUUUAUUUCUUGUAUCGGUUACAAUAUAUUGUUCCUACUGUAGAACUCGAAGAUGUGCGAGGAAUAUGAAAACCUGCAGACUAUUGCCAAAAACACAGACAAACUUCUACAAGAAAGUGAGUUCUUGGACUAUACUGUAAACGUUGACAACGACGAGUUUCGAUGCCACCGUGUUAUUCUGGCUGCGUCGUCACAUUUCUUCAGAGCUCUUUUACGGUCAAACAUGAAGGAAGAAAAAGAGGGUUGUGUAACUCUAAGUGGGAUGUCAGCUCCAACGUUUCAAAUUAUUUUAAAGUCUUUGUACACUGGAAAAGUGGUGUUAACGUUGGACAACUUUAUAGAAGUAUGGCAGGCAGCUGAUCAGCUACAGGUAGAUUUUAUCGCAAAAAACUGUGAAGACUUUGCUGUAAAGGUAAUAUCCCUUGAAAACUGUGAGGUUAUUUUCAAAACGGCAAAAACAUUUAAUUCCAAACAGGUUUUAAAUCUUUGUAAAACAUUUCUGUUAAAUAACUUCGAUGACGUGAGCGGUAUGGAAACUUUAAUGGAAAUGGGUAUUAAUGAAUUUAAUGAGCUGAUUAGCUCUCAUGCUCUAAAAGUCAGUUCUGAAGAUAAAGUUCUUGAAACUGUAAUGAAAUGGGUUGAGUAUGUCCCUAAGGAAUCCUUACCUAAAGAUAACAAUGAAGACCGUUCUGGUUUAAAUGUCUUAGACAAUAACACAACAAAAGAUGAAAGACUUGAAACUGUAAAUGAGUUUCAUGACAUAAGUGUUGAACAUGAACAAACAAACGAAGCGAAAGGAAAAAGAAUUGAAAAUUUGCCAACAUUACUGAAGUCUGUGAGGACUUGUCUUGUUUCCAAUCAACUCCUAAAACAUGUUCUUAAACAUCCACUAAUACUUGAUAACACUGAAGCUAGGGAUAUUCUAAUUGAUGCUGUCUUGUAUAAGACGACACACUACAACCAUGGACAAUGGCUGACAUCAGGUAUACACCGUGCCUCGAGUGAAUUUGAACACUGCGGAAUAGUAUGUGUGAAUAAAAACAUAUUUUACAUCUUGUCAGCAUGUGCUGAAGAAAUCCACACCUGUGUGAAGAAUACUUUUGUAAAUGCCGAUGUAACUUUUGUUGUGUUUGACUCAGAUUUGUACGUGGCCGGUGCCAGUGAUCCAUCUCAGACAAACAGCACUCUGUAUGUUUUGAGCGACAAUUCGUGGCAGAAAAUAACUGAAUUAAACGGACGUCAGUUGAUUUUGGUUCCCUUUGAAGAAAGAAUUUUUAUCCUGGAUAAAUUUAACCCAGUGGUAUAUACAAUAACUAAGAAAAAAUGGAAUGCCAAUGUUGCUGAGUUUACAAAACUGCCAGACGUUUUAAAUGUUAAACAUGCCAUAAAUUAUCAGAAAAUGAUUCUCAUUUUUAUCUCGGUGAUGACCAAUGAGGAGGAAAAAACUGAAGUAUACCAGCUGAACAUUCUAACCAAGGAACUAACAGAGUUAGAACAAUUGAAUGGACCAGCUGAACAGAUAAUAAGUUUCAGUGAUGACAACAACACUUUCGUUUUACAAACCAACGGAAACUUAUGGAAAAUUAAUGUCGACUCAUCAGACACGAUUUAUUUUGAGUUUGUGGAGAAAUUAUGGAACAUACAAAGAAAGCUGUACGGCGCUUUGACAUACAAACAAAAGCUGAUUAUUUUCGGCCAAAGACCGAAGUGCGAACCACCAGAGCAGAAACGGCUGGGUCACCUUGAAGGUUACUUUAACAAAAUAAAGUACUGGGGACACGACAGCGCAUGCUCGAACUUUGUUCCCGUAGCCCUGCCUAAAAGUGAACUGUUGCCUACUCUAAAGAAGUUGUAGAUGACGUUUCUAAAGAAAUCUUUAAUUUUAAGUUUUAGAAUCAAAGUUCUACAAUUGUAAGAGGGUUAUAUUUUCGCAAUUGUAUUUCAGUUUUGAUUGUUUAAUUAUAUGAGUGUUUUUUUUUUAUUUCAAUGGCAGUAAAGAUUGCAAAAGUUUAUUAGGCAAGCGGAAAAGAUAAAAAUUAAACACACUUCAGCUGGCAAGAAAAAGUUUCUUUUUAAAUAUUUUAAACAACUUGCAUCUUAGUCCCAUGGAAGUUUUAUUUUUAUAUACUUAACCUUUCAAAAUAUGAUGUCUAAUCAUAUAGCCUGUCAUGUUUAAUUGUAUAUUAGGCAGUUGUUUUUUUU